UUUCACUUCAGGAACGGUGGAAAGAGGCAAGGCGCUCGAGUCUGUUUGGCUGCAGUUUAGCUAGUUGGUUGGUUAGUCCAGCUGCUGGUCUGGUGGGUGAUUUAGCAGGUCAGAUCUGCCUUCAGAGAGGUUCAUCAUGUUGGCGUUGCAGCUGAUCAGGAGACAGUCAGGAGGACUAAAUGAGAAAAAAACAGAACAACAUGGAGCUACCGAUGAAGUCUACAACUCCCCCAGUGGCAGUAGUAAGAAAUGCAGCAAGGAUUUAGCGGCAGUUGAAAACCGCUGUAACUGCUUUACUCUUGAGCAUGGUGUUGAGGUGAGGAGCUGAGUGCAGCUCAGAAAAUAAAUCGUCUUCAACAGAAAACACUCAUAAUGAGCUCAUUCAGCUCCGUUCCUGCCGAGGAGCCAGUGACGCCCCCGCCACUUACCACGCCCCCUCGGAAAGCCUCAGUCCGCCUCCAGGAACGGCGGGGUUCCAACCUGUCGCUGCUAUUGGAUGUGAGCAAUCUGGGGGCGGAGUCAGUUUGUUCUGUGACCACGCCCAAAGAGGUGUGGCUUCAGCUGCUGCACACCUCGUCCCGAUCGCUUGCACAUGCGCAGUUACAGGAAGCUGCAGCAGACACCAGCGCUCUGAACACAGAGUACCAGAAAAUUCCUCCGAACUUUGUGAGCGCGGCCGAACUGGACGCUCCGGGACACAUGAUGAAAGACAGAUACAAAACCAUCCUGCCCAACCCAGAGACUCGGGUGAUUCUGAAGAACCUGGAGGAAGAACCGGGUCCAGAUCGCUACAUCAACGGCAACUAUGUCAGGGGCUACAGAGGGGCUCCCAGGGCCUUCAUCGCCACCCAGGGGCCGAUGCUGCACACUGUGGGAGACUUCUGGGACAUGGUGUGGCAGGAGCGGAGCAGCAUCAUCGUCAUGGUGACCAAGCUGAAGGAGAGCAACGAGAAAUGCGAGCCGUACUGGCCGAGGGACGGGACGAAGGUGGAGGAGGAGGACGAGGACCGGCAGGACGAAGGACGGACGAGUCGCUUCGGCAGAUUCCAGCUGAGAGUUAAAGACAGCCGGGAGAAAAACGGCUUCAUCAUCACUGAUCUGCAGAUCCAGCUGAACUCUGAGUGCCGACCGGUCAGACACUACUGGUUCAGCUCCUGGCCCGACCACCACAUCCCAGAAUGCAUUGCUUCUCUGCUGAAGCUGGUGGAGGAGGUGGAGACCUACAGGAAGUCGCUCGAGCCGAUCGCAGACACCGUUCCUGGUAACGGACCAAUCAUUGUCCACUGCAGCGCAGGCAUCGGGCGGACGGGUUGCUUCAUAGCCAGCAGCAUCUGCUGCCAGCAGCUCAGAGAAACCGGACAGGUGGACAUUCUGGAGACGGUCUGCCAGCUCCGACUCGACAGGGGUGGGAUGAUCCAGACCACCGAGCAGUACCAGUUCCUGUACUCCACACUGGCCCAGUACAGCCGCCAGCUGCAGCAGAACCAGGACCAGAACCAGACCAACACAGAGUCACAGAACCAGCAGACUCCUGAGGACCAGGCCAGCGUACGGCUGCAGAACCUUCGACUGCAGAACUGAGAAAAACCAGAACCCACAGAACCAGCAAUGCCCUCAAAGAAAUCUGAGGAAAGCAGCAGAGGAGAACCGGGAGAACCAGGAGAACCGAAGGGACGCCUCAUGAACAUCAGACAGGACUGACUGGAAACCGGGUCCAUCAGGGCAGCACAGCAGAACCAGAACUGGAUCUUCUGUUUUGGCUCUGUUUCUCUUUGGAGAACCCAAAGAACCAAAAUGUUCAUCGAGGACUGAAAAGAGAAAUAAAAAAUUUGGUUAUUAAAAUGAAA